AAUAACUUUCUUCGGUGUUUGAACUUGGUAUUUCUUUUCAAAUUGUUAUCAACCCUUUUACACACCAAAGGUGAACCCCAUCCUCUGGAGCACAUCUAUCUCUGCCAACAGGAGUGCACACCCAAAUAGUUGAAAAUACGCCUUAUAGACACUCACAAACAGACGUGAUGGGAGAUCAACAACAGCGAGGUGAGGGUAGUAAGAGCGCUCAUGCUUUCAGGUAUGAUGAACACUGGGAAUUGCCUUCUACACAGAGGCGCGCACGUUCGAGUGCUAAUAUAGACAGUUUAUUAAAUGGCAUGUCUUCCCAACAGCCACAAGUGCUACGCAAACAUUGGCCAAACAGCAAAUACGUCAGCGCAGAACAAUUCCCUCGCAUGAUACAGGGUUUGCACCCGGCGGCUCAUCGCGUUUGGCAAAGACACCUACCUCCGAUAUUGAAGGCUCUGGACGACGUGGACAAGGCGUUUACCGACCCUGCAACAACGAACCAAAAUACGGAUUGCAGUUACAUUGCGACCGCAAGAAGUUCGAACGGUAAAGGCUCUAGUACUGGGACUGCGGCUGUUGAGACUCCUGCGUAUGAGGGCCAGGCACUUGAUCCACAAGGAUUUCGAAAUACUCGCUAUAGAGGUAUCCUUCAACGCCAGCUUCCAAAUGCUCCAGGAUCUCCUUCAUAUUCAAAUCCAGAUCACCCAGGUCAUCCAGGCUAUCCAACAAACCCGAGUAAUCCAAGUCAUCCAGGUGAUCGGGGCCAUACGGAUCGACGAAGGUGA